AGUAAUUCGCCUAGCCACGUGAUGCUCGUCGGAAAAUCCUCGGCUGCCGACAACGCCAUAUUGUCAUCAGCUCGAUUUUUGUAGCUUUCAAAUGGGAGCUACGACAGUCUUAACGGUCCCCAUUGCAAGGCCAAACUUCUCAGUGCGCUUGCAAUUGAAGAUCUACAACAUGCACAGGUAUGCGAUGCCCUGGUCCUACAUCUCAUGCUUCUCUUCAAUUGACUGAUCCAUCGCCCAGGAGUGCCAUUUAUUAGCUCUCUUCCACACCAUGCGGUCACAUUUGUCGCGAAAUGUGUACCGACGCCUGCUUUCCCAUUAUGGCUCGCCUCUCCCGUGCCUCUCCUUGUCCGCCCAUCCCCUGGCCCAGCAUUCAGCCCGACAGCCCCGUCCUCUCAUAAGGCGCCCCUCGAGGAGGACCUUCUUCAACAUCUUCCAGAAGCCGCCACGGGAAUUGAAGGAGGCCGAAAUCGAACCAGGCUAUGUCACCCUCCUCCAGUUUAGAAGCUUGGAGGUAGACGGAAUCCGCCUUCCCCCUCGAGAUGAACUGCUGCAGGGCUUCCGUACCUUCUUCAACCACAAACUCAGACAUCAAAAACCACUGAAUUCGACCCAGGCCUUUCUUGCCGUUCGGUUACUUCGCCACCUGGUUGAAGAACUCACCCUUCAAGACCUUCGAUCAGCACGAGAUGCCGUCUUGAUGCCGCCGAAGGAAGCCUCGCCCGACCACCUUGAACUAUCUAUAAACCUCUAUGAAGAAAUCAGGAAACGAGCCGUGCGGGAGGACGAGGUCGACGAGUCUCAGGCAGAGCUGAGUAGUGGCGGACUUGCUGGUGAAGCAAGUGCCGAAGACUUCAAGCAAUACAUUACCGCUGUCACACAGUAUGGUGGCUCGGUUGAGGCUGCUGCCCGGCUGACAGACUACUGGCAGAAGCUUGUGGAUGGGGAUUCGAUGUAUAAGGGAGCAAAGGCCCUUUGGGUACUAGUCCUCCGCGGGCUUGCCAGGGAAGGGAGAGAGGAAGACCUCGUUCGGGAGGCUGAGAAAGCAGAAAACCUCGGCGUCGAAUACAUGCCGCCGUUUCAUGAGGUUAUGACGACAUUCUUCGCCAGCAGGGACAGAGUCGAAGACACGAAGCGCUGGUUCGAUAAGCCAAUCUACGGGAAAUGGUUACCUACACCCGAGACGUACAAAGAAGUGCUAAAGCUCUCGCUACGCAGCGGGCAGCAGCAGUGGGUCCAGACCGUUUUUCAGAGUCUUUGCGACUCGAACCCUCACAAGGCUCUCUGGGAUGUCAUCUUCCAAUGGGCCGUUCUUGCGCUGAAUAAAGGGGUCGACGAUGUCAAGCAGAUGAUGGAGACGAUGGUCCAGCACACCCAAGACGACAAACGAAUCAGGCCCGACACUGCCACCAUCAAUGGGCUCGUGGCAGCUGCCAUCGAGAAAAAGGAUCCUUACCUUGCCGAGAGAUUUAUCGUCCUGGGGAAUGAGAUGGGCAUCGCGCCAGACGCGACUACAUAUAUCCUGCAAAUGGAUUAUCGAAUAGACGCGAAGGACCUUGGCGGAGCCAGAGCAGCAUAUUCGAAGCUGGAAAAUUCACUUGUGUCAGCCGACGAGGACCUCCCUGUCGUCAAUAAAUUCAUCCGCGCAUUAUGUGCGGUCGAGCCGGCCGACACCGAGCGAAUACUGGAUCUCACAGGCGCGGUUGAGCGGCGACACGUUGCGCUAGAACCGGAUACGGUGGUCGCCUUGUGCAUGGUAUUCCUGAAGACGGACCAGCAGUACGAGGUCAUCGACACAUUGUCUCUCCAUACUGUCCAGUACAGUUUAGAGGAGCGAGAAAAGAUCGAGAAGGCGUUCGUAGCAUACUGCUUGGACAGAAAGAACAGCACAGCGCGAGUGUGGGACGCGUAUUCCCUCCUCCGCCAGUUCUUUCCAGAGACCGACCCCAGCGACCGUGUCUUGCUCAUGAAUGCUUUCUUCGAUCGCAAGCGACCGGACAUGGCCUGCCACGUUUUCGGCCAUAUGCGGGCACACGCCAACCCUUCACAACGACCGACGAGCAAUGCAUAUGUCCAAUGCCUGGAGGGCUUGGGCAGGUGCCCGGACAUGGAAAGCCUCAGGAUGGUCCAUAACAUGCUCAAGAUGGACACGACGGCGCAGAUGGAGACGAGGAUAUACAACGCCCUCAUGAUUGCGUACGCCGGGUGCGACGACGCCUCGACGGCGCUCGAUUUCUGGAGCGACAUAACGAACUCGGCCGAGGGCCCGACAUACAACAGUUUAGCGAUAGUCUUCCGCGCCUGCGAGGUGCUCCCAUUCGGAGACCGCAAGGCAAGAGAGGUGUGGGACAAGAUGCAGAGGAUGGAGCUCGAGGUGCCACCGUUCGUCUUCUCGGCAUACUGCGGGGCAAUAGCCGGACAGGGGCACGUGGAGCAGGUGAAGAGGCUGAUCUUGGGCAUGGAUUCCGGUGUUGGAUACUCGCCGAAUCUCAUGACCCUAGGAAUAGCCUAUAACGCAUUGCCCGGCCAAAACCAGAAGGACGAGUUCGAGGAUUGGGCAAAGGAGGAAUAUCCCGAGAUCUGGGCCCGGCUAGUCACGAAGGGCCGAAAGAAGACGGUCGAGGGCCUAUACAAGUUUAACCUUGUGCGAGACAUCAAGGCUUAGCCUGAUCUGAUCUGUAUAAAGAAUCUAUAUAGGCUUGUGUGCCUGGACUUAUACUGUACAAUACUCGGAGAGGGCAGCAUAUUGUACAAAUAGCAUGUCUAAAAUGACAUUACAUGACCGACCGAGUCAGCUCUUUUCAA